AUGGCAGCUGUCCGCUCCGUGCUGCUGAGCGAUAUUCAGUGCGUACUGAGUCUCGCAAGACAGCGUCAUGGCUACUUACUGACUUCAACUACUACUCAGCGAGUGAAUCAGGAGAGCCCGCAUGCGGUCUUUCAAAGUUUUUCGUCACUACGUGGACGUCUUCUUCGAUGCGAUAUCAUGGCGGAAUUAUCACCUGUCGAUGUUAUUAGGCCUUUUUUGGCCGUCAUUCGCCACGAAGACGCUGGUAGUAGCGUAACAGGUGUAGCUUUACAAGCAGUGCUAAAUAUCUUGAACAUGUGGCCUUGGGGUGACGUGAAGGACCAGAAUGCGACUGUGGACGCGGUUUCGGACAUUGUGGAUGCUGUUAGUCACUGUCGUUUUCAAGAAACGGGUAUUCAAAGCGAUCAAAAUGUGCUUGUCUUGAUUGUGCUCGUUUUACAUGGAGUAAUGCUCUCACCGUGCGGUGUGAGACUAUCAGACCAUUCAAUGUGGCAGCUUGUAGAGUCGCUCUAUGCUCUCAGUUGCAGCGAUCGGCACGAUGCACAUGUUACGGUACUGUUGCGUUCGACUGCCACGACGUUUCUGCAUGACACUAUGACCUUUAUCUUCUCAAAUCCCGCCAUCUAUUCCGAUACGAUUUCUGCUGCAACUGAGUCACAUGUAAGGCAGGGCUUUGGUUUGCCUUGUGCGGUGAAAGUCGCGGGUUUUUUAUGUCAAAAGCUGCAUCAGAGGAACUUUGCCGCUUCAGCAACUUCGGAGAUAUCUACUACGUCAAAUAAAACGGCUACAAAUCAGCGCAAAGUUUUAUUGUCGCUCACACUGCUACAACGUGCGCUAAUCGCAUGUGACGCAGAACUCCUCAAACAGAAACCAUCGUUGUUAUUGUUUAUCAAAGAUGAUCUGUGUUGCGCUAUUUUGCGUUACUGUCGACUCGGUGCAUGUGCAGAACCCAAAAUUACAGUUGCGUGUCUUGGAUUAAUUCGACUCUUGUGGUCCAAAUUUCGAUCGGAGCUCAAGAUGCAAGUAGAAACUCUGAUUAAUGGCGUCUUCUUUCACACGCUGCACUGGUGUGUGGCCAAUAUGGAUGUAUCUCAUCCAGAUUUUCCGCUUGGAGACGACACCAGUCGACUUGCACCAGACACCCUCGACCACAUUGACGACAAAUCUGUUACCAUGGUUGAUGCUGCGCACGAAGAAUUUUCAGGCAUGAUGCUUUCCAAACAGCAGCUAUAUAGCAUUUCGUUUGAAAUUCUCGACUGUUUGAACGAUUUGCUUGCUGAAGCAACAUUGCUACCUGACUUAUACGUGAAUUAUGACUGCGAUGGCAAUCGCUGUGACUUAACACAGACGUUAUUUGAGCUGUUAUCACAAGCUGUGCAGCAGUCUCAUAUCGCUUGCUUUGAGUCACAUGAUGAAGAUCAUUUCUUGUGGGCGCAAGCAAUUGGAGAAACAACACUUCGCGGAAUGUUCAACGCAUUGUAUAUCGUGCAUCUACGUACGCAGCCGAAAUUGUCUUCCGGGAGUAGAAAUAGCUGUCUAGACCACAGUGAUAAUCGAAUGAGAGAGGAUUCCUUACUGGUGGAUCAAGACGACCAUGUACUACAUACCGACGCUGAUGAAUUUGCUCUUGCUGAAGAGUUGUUUAGGAAUCGACAGCGCAAAAAGUUUUUUCAGCAUGGCAUUCAGGAAUUCAAUCGCAAGCCAUUAGCUGGAGUCAAGUAUUUGCAGCAAAAUACGUUCCUGCCAACUCCACUUGACAGUGUAUCACUAGCGACGUUUUUGCGAUCUCUUCCCCAAGGCUUGAACAAGAAUGCAGUUGGUAAUUACUUGGGUGCAAUGGGCAAGGAAGUCAAAGGCUUCGAGAAGACGGACAUCCAUGAGGCUGAUACAAUGGACUUUCAUCGUGAUGUCCUGACAAACUUUGUUCGAUCUUUCAACUUUGAAGGCGAAAGUAUUGUCACAGCAUUGCGCAUGUUCCUUGCAAGUUUUCGUCUUCCAGGAGAAGCUCAACAAAUCGACCGAAUCUUGAACACGUUUUCAAUCCAAGUGUAUGAGCAGUGUCGCGAGCGAUUCCUCAUGGCAUCCGCAGAUGUUGCCUAUUUGUUAUCAUUCAGUUUGAUUAUGCUCAACACGGAUCUGCACAAUAUAAAUAUCCGAGCAGAUAAGAAGAUGAAAUUGACGGAGUUUAUCAAGAAUAAUAAAAAUUACGGCCCGGAGGUUUCCAAAGGUCGUGAUUUGCCGGAAGACUUUUUGACGGAGCUAUAUAACGCAAUACUAAAGGAUGAAAUAAAAACUGUUGAAGAUUGUGGGAAACACGGUGGAGUUACAAGCGAUCGCUGGAAGGAUCUACUUAACCAAGCCGAAAGUGACCCACGCAACUCUCGUCUAAUUGUGCAUCACCUAUCGUUGCAUCUCCGCUCAUCAAGCAUAACUUGUGACUGCGAAACACAAUCCUCGAAUGCCGUGGAAUCAUACAAGGAAUCUACCAAGUGCGCCCCUUGCCCCACUUCUGGAGCCCCUUUUUUACGUAGAAGCAGUAAGUGGAUACAACAAGAUGAUUUUGAUGGACCGAUACCACUCAAUGCUAGCUCAGGUAAUCAAUACGAUCGUCAUAUCUUGGAGCUUAUCCAAUCAAGCCUCGUACUAGCCUUUAGUAGUGUUUUUCAUCAGUUUGUUUUAGACUCUCAAGCAAAGGAUGCUUCUCGUGGUGACGAUCUCGGCGUGGGAAGUAGUUAUGAGGUGCGCUAUUUGCCACAGAAAACGGCACUACAGCUCGCUUGCAACGGUUUCGUUAUCUGCGCAGCAGUAGCAUCUCAUUUGUCAUUGGUUGAGCACUGCAACACAAUAUUUAUUCGCCUUUGCAAGUACUCGGCUCUCUUAUCGUCAGAUGUUUAUCCUGUCGGCUACAAUGGCCGCAAAAAUGGAAUAUCAGUGUAUUGUGAUAAUGAAAGUGCUUCAUUAGCAACUGCAGGGGUAUUAAAGCUCGUAAGCUCGUACAGCUUGACGCUUCUGAGCCAUUCCUGGAAAUAUUUUUUUCACCUCGUAAGCGGAUUGCGAGAACUUCGCGCUUUACCGUCUCAAAUUUUGUAUUCUAGCAAAGACAUGAAUCUGGAGCUUUUAAAUAAUGACGAGCGUUUGGACUUUAUUAACAUGGUUUACAAAAACAAAGCAGAAUUGGAACGAAAGAUUGAACUUCGCGCUUAUGAACAAGAUAUGAAUGAGAACAAUACUGGUAGCUUUUUUCGCGGUGUAGCGUGGCUACUAACGGCGCUUGACUCGAAUCUUGGCCGUUCGACCCCUGAAUCUAUGACAACUACUCGAUAUUCGUCACUGACGGAAUUUGAGCACUAUCAGCGUAGCCCCACUGAGCUCGCUUUGCUCGCUGAAGAUCUUAUCAUUGAGGGAGAAGCGCCAACAACGGUGCCAUCUGGUGAUGACAUCAAAAUUGGUACAGACCAGUGGAUUCGACAUACGUUACAACCUUGCCGUGUAGAGUUUAUAUUGCAAGAUGUAGCAAGCUUGCCAUCUCGCGCCCUGGUUGAAGUUAUCAAAGCGCUGCAUGAGGAAAUCAUGUCGGUACUGCGAGGUUCUGAUGAACAUGAGCCCUCGAAAGAUACCAAAUUGGUACUUAGCCAAGGUGGUUGUGUAUUCUUUGAGCACCUACUGAGCCAAUGUAUUUCACUUAGCGGAUCGCUGUUUGCUGGUGAAGAAGAUGGCAUAUCUGCUGUGUUGGAGGCACAUUACACCCAAUUACUCGAGCAUUUACGACCAGUACUACUCACUAAUCAAUGCCCAAGCAAUUUGUCGUACGAAAAUGCGUGUUUUCUGUUGUACAAGGCGAUGAACGGUUUGUUUGCUUGGGUAACACAUACACGAAGUGACGUCCACGGACUGCUGCUUGUGACAUUCUUGAGCUCUUUGAUGGAGUUGAGCGGCGACGACGAGCUAAUUGGACCCUUUCUGGCGCCCAUCAUGUGCGGACUGGAUCGCUAUGUGGCAGUGAUGCGCCCGAAAAAUUUGCACUAUUCCCGUGUGAAUUGGCUGACAAUCUGCAACCUGAUAAGUUGGUCAAUCAAGCGUUCGUAUGCAGCAAAUCACGGCUUUCAACUUCUGGAGCGUCUUGUAAUAGAAAAAAUAUGGAAUGGAGAUGGAAAUGAGAUUUUGAUCAGUGACUGUUAUCUAAAGAUGAUGAUGUUCGCGAUGAAAUACCGAGGUCUGCACGAUUUAUAUGCACCUUCAAGACCCAUUGAAUUGCUUCUCUUUAUGUUUGAUACGCUCCGCACAGAUGUACCCAACUAUGUAGAAGAACGCUUGCGCUUUCUUGGCGGAAUGGCUAUCGUGUCGAGGCAGCUCUUGUUAAACCAAAUGAAAGGAGAGCUCUCAAACGAACUUGUGGUUCUGGUAAUUGAAGGAUUUAAGCACAUGCUAUGUGCGCACGCUGGAACUGAUCAAUCGUUCAUGGCCGGGGCUUGGCUUGACAUUCUUCGGUACGGGUUGAAUCCCAUUGGUUUAGGUCUACUCUAUGAACCUAAAUAUGAGGAUUCUGAUGGACAAAUUCCAUUUGGCGAUAACGAAGAAGAAACAAAUUCUUCUUUUCUGUAUUAUAGACGACAAUUGCCUUCAAUAGACGACGAGAAAUAUUCAAAACAGAUGCACGCUCAUAGCGACACCAAACGAGUGAGUGGCCGUCGACGCCGACCGUCCGUGAGAGACCCAUUGACUCUUCGACCACAUGUGGUUGUUGCUCAAAUGCUUUCUUUAGUCUUCUGUGAAGAGUUUACGAAGCUACAGACUUGUGCAAAGUUUGCUUCUGUUUGGAAGGAUAUGGCAGACCUAUUGGUAGGGUUGUUGGAGUACACUGCGAUGAAAAGCCCAACGCCUGCAGGGCAAAGAGCUACGAGUGGAGAGGUAUUAUCUGCAGCGCUGGAGCGCCGAAGCGUGCUUUCAGCCCAUGAAGAGAUUCUUGAGCAUAUCAAGGGAAUCGUAAGACGCUUAAUUGUGAUUCAGGAUAAAGAGGUCAACGAGAUGGCAGGCGCAGCGGCUAAAAUUGUGCAGUCAAAGAUGUUAUUGCAGGUACUUGUAGACAAGUGUCACUCAAACAGGUAUUUGGUCGAGCAGCUUUUUUCUCACAAAGAGGACGACGCUGGAUCGAUUGUUGGCUGCGAUACUUCUAUAAAAAAAGUUGACAGUGAAGACUUUGAAGCAAAAACGACAAUAAUGCUUGAGACAGCGAUAUCGAAAAGUUGA